CAGAGAUCGCAGAGACGAAGGAGGCGCCCGCGGCUGCAGAGCUGCAGAGCGGGGUCUCUCCGGCCUCUGUGUCCGGGCAUCGGGAACCCCACUGGGCCAGAGGACAGCACAUCCUUUCGGUGCGGGCCGGCAGGGCCCCUGCGGUCGGCAAGCUGGCUCCCCGGGUGGCCACCGGGACCCCCGAGCCCAAUGGCGGGGGUGGCAGCAAAAUCGACAGCACUGUAGAGAUCACCCCCAGCCCGAACGGACAGGUCGGGACCCUCGGAGAUGCGGUGCCCACGGAGCAGCUGCAGGGUGAGCGGGAGCGCGAGCGCGAGCGGGAGGGGGAGGGCGACGCGGGCGGCGAUGGAAUGGGCAGCAGCCUGUCGCUGGCCGUGCCCCCCGGCCCCCUCAGCUUUGAAGCGCUGCUCGCCCAGGUGGGGGCGCUGGGCGGCGGCCAGCAGCUGCAGCUCGGCCUCUGCUGCCUGCCCGUGCUCUUCGUGGCGCUGGGCAUGGCCUCCGACCCCAUCUUUACCCUGGCGCCCCCACUGCAUUGCCACUAUGGGGGCUUUGCCCCCAACGCCUCUGGCUGGGAGCAGCCCCCCAACGCCAGCGGCGUCAGCGUCGCCAGCGCGGCCCUAGCAGCCAGCGCCGCCAGCCGCGUCGUCACUAGUACGGACCCCUCGUGCAGCGGCUUUGCUCCGCCGGACUUCAACCAUUGUCUCAAGGACUGGGACUAUAAUGGGUUGCCGGUACUCACCACCAAUGCCAUCGGCCAGUGGGAUCUAGUGUGUGACCUGGGCUGGCAGGUGAUCCUGGAGCAGAUCCUCUUCAUCUUGGGCUUUGCCUCCGGCUACCUGUUCCUGGGCUACCCAGCGGACAGGUUCGGCCGUCGAGGGAUUGUGCUGCUGACCUUGGGGCUGGUGGGCCCCUGUGGAGUGGGAGGGGCUGCUGCAGGCUCCUCCACAGGUGUCAUGGCCCUCCGAUUCCUCCUGGGCUUUCUCCUUGCCGGAGUUGACCUUGGUGUCUACCUGAUGCGCCUGGAGCUGUGCGAUCCAACCCAGAGGCUUCGGGUGGCCCUGGCAGGGGAGUUGGUGGGGGUGGGGGGGCACUUCCUGUUCCUGGGCCUGGCCCUUGUCUCCAAGGACUGGCGAUUUCUGCAGCGAAUGAUCACCGCUCCCUGCAUCCUCUUCCUGUUUUAUGGCUGGCCUGGUCUGUUUCUGGAGUCUGCAAGGUGGCUCAUAGUGAAGCGACAGAUUGAGGAGGCCCAAUCCGUGCUGAGGAUCUUGGCUGAGCGGAACCGGCCCCAUGGGCAAAUGCUGGGAGAAGAGGCCCAAGAGGCCCUGCAGGACCUGGAGAACACCUGCCCUCUCCCUGCAACAUCCUCCUUUUCCUUCGCUUCCCUCCUCAACUACCGCAACAUCUGGAAAAAUCUGCUUAUCCUGGGCUUCACCAACUUCAUUGCCCAUGCCAUUCGCCACUGCUACCAGCCUGUGGGAGGAGGAGGGAGCCCAUCGGACUUCUACCUGUGCUCCCUGCUAGCCAGCGGCACAGCAGCCCUGGCCUGCGUCUUCCUGGGAGUCACCGUGGACCGAUUUGGCCGCCGGGGCAUCCUCCUACUCUCGAUGACUCUCACUGGCAUUGCGUCCCUGGUCCUGCUGGGCCUGUGGGAUUAUCUGAACGAGGCUGCCAUCACCACCUUCUCUGUCCUUGGCCUCUUCUCCUCCCAAGCUGCUGGCAUCCUCAGCACCCUCCUCGCUGCUGAAGUCAUCCCUACCACUGUCCGGGGCCGAGGCCUGGGCCUGAUCAUGGCACUGGGGGCUCUUGGAGGGCUGAGUGGCCCAGCUCAGCGCCUCCACAUGGGCCACGGAGCUUUCCUGCAGCAUGUGGUGCUGGCGGCCUGUGCCCUGCUCUGCAUCCUCAGCAUCAUGCUUCUGCCAGAGACCAAGCGCAAGCUCCUACCCGAGGUGCUCCGGGAUGGGGAGCUGUGCCGCCGGCCUUCCCUGCUGCGGCAGCCACCCCCUAACCGCUGCGACCAUGUCCCACUGCUUGCCACCCCCAACCCUGCCCUCUGAGUGGCCUCUGAGCACCCUGGCAGGAGGCUGGCUCGUACCGAAAGCUGGCAUGAGGCCCUGGCAAGCAGGUUGGGAGGACUGAGGAAGGCAGGGCUGCCCAGAAGGCUCAGAGGCACCUCACGCCAGCCGUCAAGGAGGGCUCAGAGGGCUGUCCCCACCCCCAUCUCCUCCCUGCUGCUUUGUGUUCACUUCCUUGGCAAGAGUCAGGGGACAGGGAGCGAGCUCCACAGUGUAACCACUAGGUCUGGGCUCCAUCCUGUGCCCAAAGACAUCCUCCCAGACCUCAUUCUUUCUUGCUCUAUCAUUCUGUUUCAAUAAAGACAUUUUGAAUAAAUGAGCAUACCAUA